UUACUCGUAUACUGCUACAGUUCCAGAAACUGCGGAAAUGUGGCGGAACGGACCGGGCUGUAAUGCACAAAUGCCUGUGGACUGGACGUUUUCUUUAAGUUGGAAAUUGGCGUGCAUGCACGCAAUCGCACACUGCAUUCGGUGAUGUAAACAGGAAGUUCUUCAAUAUAUAUACUUUUCACUUACUUAAAAUAUUUUUAAUUUACACCCCCCCUGCUGUCCGUCAGAGGCUAGUGACCAGCUUCCUCCCAGCCCCCCGGAAGACUCGGCGUCCCGAAGUCAUCAUGCCGGAUCAGGGGGUGCCAUGGUUGGAGGAGUAAUGAAGAGCGGUUUGGAGUACGGCGAGUGGAAGAGGAGCUCGCCCUUUGCCUCCAGAUCCUGGGCGUUGGGCGACGGCGGACGGACCGCCAUCUCCGCCGUACGCCGCACCUUCUGCCUCUUCGUCACCUUUGACCUGCUCUUCAUCUCGCUGCUGUGGAUCAUCGAGCUGAACACCACAGACUCUAUCUGGAAGAACCUGCAGAAUGAGGUGGUCCAUUACGACUUCAAGACCUCUUUCUUCGACGUCUUUCUCCUGGCAGCGUUUAGGUUCCUGUUUCUGCAGCUAGGCUACGCCGCCCUGCGACUCAGGCAUUGGUGGGUGAUCGCGAUCACUACUCUAGUGACCACCGCUUUCCUGAUUGCCAAAGUCAGCACCUCCACUCUGCUGUUCCACAAUGCCUUUGGCUACCUGCUGCCCAUCACCUCCUUCGUGGUGACCUGGCUGGAGACGUGGUUCCUGGACUUCAAGGUGCUGCCUCAGGAGGCCGAGGAAGAAAGAGCGUACCUGGCAGCCCUGAGCGCGUCAUGUGAGCACCGCCCUGCGCUGCACCCCCGCAGCAUAUCCGAAGGCCAGUUCUACUCCCCUCCCGAAUCACCGGCAGGGUCUGAUGAGGACCAAGAUGAGGAGGGACUCGGCCGACGGGCAGUAACAGUGCAGGACAAAGAGUUUGUGCGGCUGGGCAGGGAAGCCAUGGCGGUGGUGGAGCAGAUUCUGGCUCAGGAAGACAGCUGGAGGUUUGAGAAGAGCAGUCAGGAUCAGGGUGACGCUGUAUACUCGAUGGAGAUCCCGUUCUAUGGCAAGACAUUCAUCAUCAAGGCCUUACUGCAGUGUCCGGCCGAGCUGGUGUACCAGGAGGUCAUCCUGCAGCCCGAGAAGAUGGUGCAGUGGAACAAAACCAUCUUGGCCUGUCAGAUCCUGCAGCGUGUAGAUGACAACACCAUGGUGUCCUACGACGUCUCCUCAGGUGCAGCGGGAGGUGUUGUGGCCCCAAGGGACUUCGUCAACGUUCGGCGGGUGGAGCGACGGCAUGACUGCUACCUGUCGGUCGGGAUGGCCGGCCUCCACAACACCAGGCCCCUUCAGGACUGUUAUGUCAGGGGUGAGAAUGGGCCAGGAGGGUUUGUGGUGCUGAGAUGCAGCACCAAUCCAUCCCUAUGCACCUUCAUCUGGAUUCUCAACACAGACCUGAAGGGCCGACUGCCCCGCUACCUCAUCCACCAGAGCCUUGCCGCCACCAUGUUCGAGUUCAUGAGCCACUUGAGACGGAGAAUUUGCGAGCUGCAGGCCACACACUGCUAAAUACCACCCAGUUACUGUGCCUGCAGCCCCCCCCCCCUCUGGCUGGGAGGUGGCACUGCAGUUGGUUGACUGGAUUUUUAUUUUUUUUUAUUUUUUGCUAACAAUAUUGGGUGGUGGACCUCGAAUUUCUAUCAUCCCUCAGAUUUUAUUUACCACUCAACUCUCUUAACCAGCAUGGAGGAGAUACUAGUACAAGGGAAUCGAACCCAAGGAUCAUUUAUACUGGUGUCGUUUUGCCUGUUCUGUAAAAUGCUGGAUAUUGAAUUUUUAACCAUGAAGACUGUCAAAACGUUCCACAGUGGAAAUAAUGGGACAGUUUCUAAAUUUGCCUCUAUUUUUAUCAUUUUAAUAUUGGGCAGAUAAACAUUUGCCUGCACACACGUGUUUUUGCUUUCGUUUUGCCUGCUCACAAUGCAAUGUCUGUUGUACCUCUUUUUGGUCAGUAGAGGGAGCAAGCGCACUCAUAAGAGUGAGAAAGGCCUUUGUCUGUCUGUCUCGUGUAGAACAGUAAUGGGACCUAGGCCUUGUUAAUUAAAUUGUCACUUUUAAUGAAGAUGAGGAUAUUGCCAAAGUUUUCUUGGUGCUGCAUUACAGUGUUGGUACAUUAUUACUUUUCAGAUUUAGACCAUUUUUUUUUAACUUAAUUCAGUAACAACUAAUGUGUAAUCCUGAAUAAUAAUGUGAGUUUUACACGAUGUUUUUUAGUCAGUCUUCCUUGUUACUAAGGGACCAGAACCGAAAAAGGUUUGUAAUAAAAAGCAAAACAAAGGA